UGCAGGGCAGUUGUCAUGGCAGCCUCGAGAUACCGUUGUUGUUGAUGUAGCGGAAUCAGGUUCCUUAUUCGUGAAAAGGAAGGAAUUUUCGUCAGAAUCUUUAUACAUGCAGUGAGGCCACGUGAAACAAGCGCAAAUAAUAUGAACGUUCUUCGAGGUGCGGUGCAAUGCACCACAACCUUGCUAAAUGCAUGCAAGACACAAGCUUACGUGCCCUACCGCACAAUGUACACAGACUGGAGAAUGGCACGUGAUGCUAAACGCCGUCGAAUAGUAAAGGAGUACGCCAGGCUGCGGAUCAAUAUCAACUCUAUUCGCAAAAACGAUGUUCUUCCAAAGAGUUUACAGGAAAUAGCGGACAAAGAGAUAGCCGCACUCCCAAUUGACAGCUGCUUCACUCGGAUCCACGGGAGGUGUGUUGUGACGUCUCGCUCUCGGGGCUGGUUUAGGCCCUGGCGUCUGUCAAGGCACAUGUUUCGCCACUUGUCGGACUAUAACUAUCUGUCGGGGAUUCAGCGUGCUAUGUGGUAAAGUUGGGUGGGAAGAAGCUAGCUUAUUCAAUAAAAAUAUUGAGCCCAAACAAGUUAA